AUGGCAGCUUAUGGAACUCUGCUUUCUCUUACAAACACUAUAGACCAAAUUCAAAAUCACCCUCGCCCACCCAUCUCCCUCGACAAACUGCAGAUCCAACCUCUAAUAGAAAAGGUUGCUUUCUUACAAGAUUUUCUCGAAAACUAUAUUAUUGAUGAUGUAAAUGGAUUGGAGGGGCGUAUGGUCGAUGCGGCUCACGCGGCAGAGGGCAUUAUCGAGUCCCACAUUGCCAAUCAUAUUGAUCCUAUUAUUAAAGACGAAAACCCUAUGGAUCUAUUUUUUAAGAAUAUGAUGGUGGAAUCCUAUACCUCUCACGAGGCAAAGGAUAACGAGGCUCGUGGGAAAGCUAACAUUUUUUCCAAGAAAAACUUCUCUUUGUAUGGAGAGCUACAGAUAGUGAUGCACAACUUGGAAUGCAUCACAGAAGACGUGGCUGCUAUUAAACAUAAGAAGACGGGAAAAAAAAUCGCUCCUUCUUGCACGGAGGAUGACGCCAUGGUGGGUUCCGAUGAUGUCAAGAACGACAUCAUGGAUAAGCUGACCAACAGCCGUCAUUCGGAGGGGGACGACACGAUGGUGGGUUCCAAUGAUUUCAUGAUCGACGUCAUAGAUAAGCUGACCAAUGAAAAAUACGGUCAUUGGAUCAUCGCGAUUGCCGGCAUGGGCGGUGUUGGUAAGACCACUCUUGCAAAAAGUAUUUACGAAAAUCGAGUUAUCGUACGUCACUUUGAUAUUCGCGGAUGGGCUACAGUCUCUCAAGAAUUUGAUUCAGAAAGGAUUUUGUUACAACUCCUUCAUUGUUUUACAACCAUAGGGAGUGAGGGCAGCGAACACGAAGAAUUAGGAUAUAAACUGUAUCAGAGCUUAUUUGGGCGACGAUAUCUGAUUGUGAUGGAUGACAUUUGGGGUACGGACGCGUGGGAUGGGGUGAAGCCCUUCUUUCCGGUUAACAACAACGGGAGCAGAGUAUUGAUAACCACUAGGCUAUCGAAUGUGGCUUUGCAGCUCGAUGGCCCUGAUUACUUUCAGAUGAGUUUACUGAAUCAUAAAAAAAGUUGGAAUCUGCUUCGUGGGUGCGUGUUUGGGGAACAAGGGUGCCCUCCUGAAUUGGAAGGGAUUGGGAAGGACAUUGCUAGGAAGUGCAAAGGACUUCCAUUGUCAAUUGUUGUAAUUGGAGGACUCCUAGCAAAGUCUGAACAAACACGACAAAACUGGCUAAACGUUUUAAAAAAUUUAAGCUCGAUUGUGAAUUUAGAGGAAGAUGAGCGUUGCCUUAGAAUACUAAAGCUGAGCUACAAUCAACUGCCGGUCCACCUGAAGCCGUGUUUUCUCUACAUGGGCAUGUUCCCAGAGGAACACGAGAUUCACGUCUCCACACUCAUCAGGCUAUGGGUUGCAGAAGGAUUCGUGAAACCGGUUGCUGGAAAAAGUUUGGAAACAAUUGCCAGAUUUUAUCUACAUGAUCUCGUCCUCAGAAACCUAAUCUUCGUUUGUGAGCUGGACACUACUCGAAGAAUAAAACGGUGUGGCAUCUACAAUCUCCUGAGAGACCUAUGCAUGAAAGAAGCGGAGAAAUACAAAUUCUUUCGCACGAUGGAAACAACGCAUAACCCUGAGCACCACCAAAGCUGGCACGCCCAACGCCGUAUCGGCAUUCACCAAGCCGAGAAAUACAUUCCGCGUCCACUCCCUAAAGCUGUGCAAUCCGCAUCACGAGCACGAACUCUAAUAUGGAACGUUGAUGGAUUUUUACCAUCUUUAGUUCCCUUUAGAUUACUGAGGAUUCUGAAUGGAUUUAUUUAUAACCAUAAAUAUGAUGAACAAGAAUUUUUUCUUCCUGUCAACUUGUGCCACCUGGUCGCCCCAGGGAUUCAAUUUCCUGUGCAGCCUUUGUACAGACUCUGGAAUUUACAGACAUUAAAAGUUGAUUCGGUCCUGAUGGGUAAGAACAAGCCGGCGGUGCUAGACAUCUGGCAGAUGUCCCCCCAACUCAGGCACGUCAAGGUACGGAAUCUCCAGCUCAAGGAUCCUCCUCCCAUGAAACAAGAAAGUAAUUCCAUGGUGUUGGAGAAGCUAGAGACGCUCCAGGAAGUGCUUAACUUGAGGUUGGGUGAGAAAGUGGUUGAUAGAAUUCCCAACAUCAAGAAGCUGGGAUUAAUAUAUGAGGAUAAAGAGGAGGAGGAAUUAUCACCGGCUGAUUAUGGUCUCGACUAUCUCUGUCUGCUACGCAAGCUGGAGGACCUUUCAUGCCGUUCAUAUCUCUAUCGACAAGUUGAGAUGAAGUUCCCGGUUUCACUCAGGAAGCUGACUCUGUGUGGCACUCGGCUGGGGUGGGAGGAGAUGGGGACAAAGAUAGGGUCGUUACCAUAUCUCGAGGCCCUCAAGCUAUGGUAUGAUGCGUUCGUGGGGCCCAACUGGGAAACAGCCGAGGGCGGAUUUCAGAGACUGAAAUACUUGACAAUCAUUGGGUGCUUUGAUCUGGAACAGUGGAGGGCAGAGGCCGAGCACUUCCCGUGCCUCCAGCGGCUCCACCUAGUGGAUCUAUGCAGUCUCAAGGAGAUUCCAUUGGGAAUUGCGGAUAUACACACGCUUAGGGAGAUCAAUCUGGAUUAUUGUUCAGACUCUACCGUGCUUUCUGCAAAGAAAAUAUUAGAGGAACGGCUUGGGGAAUUUGGGCUUCAGAUUAAAGUUUCGCCGCAUAAAAGGUAG